UCGAUCCGGCACUUCACGGAUGCAUUCAGAGCGAUGCUUGAUAAUCAUCUGACACAAUAUUCCACUUGAUCCGGUUUUGUUUAUGCCAUUAUUACCCUAUCCUAUCAUUGCUUAUUGCAGGGCUGAAUUGCCUCUCUUUUUCGGAUCGUUCCUGCCGUUUUUCCGUCCGUAUUUAUGCAGCUUGACUGACCCAAAUGUCAUCUUUCGUGUUUAUAUAGUGUUGUCUCCGUCCGCUGUCCGGCUAGUCCGGCUUCUGUUUUUUUCUUUUUUUUCGUCCCUUUUCUUGUAUAGUUUCCUCGUUGUCUCUUAUGGUCCUGUUUCCUCGUCGCUGGCCACUCCGUUUGACAAGCAGUCCACUGCCAUCCCGACUGUCGAACAGUUCCCCGUCGCUGCUGAACAACACGAGGUAGCAUUGUCUCCCUCUUCAGACAUCUCUGUAGUACCUCACUCCUCUUCUACAUUGCUGCCCGAUAUUCAGCAGAUGGCCCGAAAGACCAAAGCCACGAUCGCUUUCUUGUCAACUUUGAUCAUCUAUGUUUCCCUCAAUAGUCUGGCCCAUACCAUCAACCCCUCUGCUUUUGUCUGGUCCUCCGAAGACCGAGAAGAGACGCCGUGGAUUGCGUCCUCGCACUCAUGGCUGGACCGCAAAGCCUGUCGUUGGUUAGGUUUAUGCGGUACAGCUCAUGUCCAGCCCGUCCAGACCCGCUUCGGUCACCGCAAGAUCUCCGCCGAAGCCCAAGUUCUGCCAGACAGCGGACAACCAGAAACAGAAAAGUCCGAACAAAAUGGGCCCUGGCAGACCGCUUGGUCCAGUGGACCAGAUCUGUCGAAUCAAUGGGACGAUGCCGAACGGGCGCAUCGGCAGAUCCCGGCCUACGUCUUUGAGUAUGCGCCGCUGGUCCACCUGUUUUCGGGAGAACAAUAUUGGCCCAGUGAUAUCGCGGAGCAUUUGUUUCAUGUUACUCCGAUGUUAAAUUAUACCCCGAUUCAGUCGCAGGCGAAGCAUGCGACGUUGCGGGAUUUGGAUCAGUUGAAUCGGUGGCAGCAGAACGGGCAUGUUUUCCUGACCAGCAAUGAUAAUGUCGAGGAUCGUCCGCCGUGGAUGGAGGGAGCGCACAAUAUUCCCGAUCAGACUGCUGCUAAGGAGGAGUCCUGGGCCGACUGGGAUGGUCGCGUUGACGGCGACAUUCCUGGCGAGGAAGACCGGGCGCAAUGGUUCGACACCAGUGACAUUCGCGAAGAUGAACCAUGCGAGGAGGGGGGCGAAGAGGAAGACGUGUUUAUCCAGAGUGAUCUAGCCAAUGCAUUGGCCGAUCUGGACCCCAAACGUCUCUUUGGCGAGGACAGCGAGCUCGAGGAGGAUCUCCGUAAACGAUAUGGCGGCCAACGCAUCCAUGUUGAGAAGACCGGAGGCCGCAGCAAUGCGCCGGCCGUUUUGCUAGUCAUCGACAAGGGUAAUGGCAUCGUCGAUGCCUUUUGGUUUUACUUUUACAGCUUUAACCUGGGCAAUGUCGUGUUUGAUGUUCGUUUUGGCAACCACAUCGGAGACUGGGAACACUGUCUUGUUCGGUUCCACAAUGGCAAGCCCAAAGCACUCUUUUUCAGUGCGCAUUCCGCCGGCGAGGCGUACAGCUACGAGGCGGUUGAAAAGAUCGGACGCCGGCCCGUCAUCUACUCCGCAAUGGGAACCCACGCCAUGUACGCCACCCCAGGAGUCCACUCCUACGUCCUCCCCUGGGGCCUGCUGCACGACCAAACCGACCGCGGCCCCCUCUGGGACCCCCUCCUCAACGCCCACACCUACACCUACUCCCCAACAAACGACACCCUCCUCGCCUCAACCGCCAACCCCUCCGCACCCACAGAAUGGUUCUACUACGAAGGCCACUGGGGCGACAAGUUCUACCCGCUUGGCGAUUCUCGCCAGUACCGGUUCGCCGGGCAGUAUCAUUACGUGAACGGGCCGUUGGGGCCGCGGUUUAAGCACCUCAAUCGGCAUAAGGUGUGUCAGGGUCCUGAUAAGGCGCCGUGUGUGGUUAAGGAUUGGAUUUACGAGCAGAAGGAGGCGAAAAGGUGGGUGAGUUGAUUGAGACGAAUGAUGGCUUUCACAAAAAGAGGAAGGUUGACGCUGAGCGAUCAACCUUCCCUCGGUCUACCUUUACAGAUCUGGCGUUGGUUCUGUUUUCUUAUUUGUUUCUUUGUGUUUCUCUCUGAUGUUUCUUUGAUUUAUUCCAUAUACCCCCAACGGUUACAUUUCUCACCCUGGACGGUUGACGACGGAGUUACUCACUUUGAUACCCCGGGUUACUUUACUACCACGAUAUGACCAGUUAUUGGCCCAAUCUGAUGUCGACAUGCAACGCAACGCUAUACAAAAUACCAGUUAACAAUGAUUUUAUAUAUGAAUGGAUUACGCGAU